CAAAAGUAUCAUGUGUGCAGCAUAUAACCAUUUGGUACCGACUUUUGAUGGAGAGACGGUUUGAGAGCGACCGACAUACAAUAAUGCCUCCAAAUUUUUUUGUUUCUCAUGCUUUGGAAGAAGGACAGGACUGGAGGGCGUUUAUGGCUGGUAUUGCUACAUACCCUAACUUCAUGGUUGCUUGGUGGGAUGUUGAUACGGUCUUAUUGCCGAUUCAUUCAUCCCCUAAUCAUUGGCUAUUUGGGGAACUACGAUUAGCGUCAAUGGAAGUGCAUAUUUAUGACAGUCUUGGUAGAGGUGCUUAUGAAAAAUUCCAAUCCGAAGGAAUCUUUUCCAAAUUUGAACGUCGGGUGGCAAAUUAUUUGGACAAGAUUAAGUAUUGGGCGCGGAGGAACAUCCCAAGGAUUCCAUUGAAUAUGCAAUUCAUUUAUGAAGAAAACGUUCCCCAACAAAGUAGUCAUUUGGGAGAUUGCGGUGUUUUUCUUUGUAUGUUUAUGGAGCAAUUGGUUUCAGGUCAACCAAUACGUGUUCUUAUUGACCCAAAGAACGCAGCUUUAGAGUUCCGUCUCCGGAUGGCAAAAAUUAUUUGGGGGUCUAGUCUUGCUCCUCUGUAGUUGGAUUAUAUAAAUGUAUAUACAAAUUAAUGUUGGAUUUCAUUAUUAGUUUAUCUUUAGAGUUUACUCAACGGAUGACAAAAAAUAUAACGUUACGACAAUUACCACAAUUUAAUGACCUACUAAUUACUUAUCAAUAAAUUCAAAACAUAAGAACG